CUCCAUUCCCUCCAUUCCCUCCAUUCCCUCCAUUCCCUCCAUUCCCUCCAUUCCCUCCAUUCUCUCCAUUCCUCUGAGGAUUUCUCAGAAGUUGCAAAGCUCCUCUUACUCCCUGAAUCCUCUUCCAUCCUUCUCGUCCUCUUUCCUCUGUCCUCUUCCGACCUCCUCGUUUUCUUCCUCCCUCCAUGCUCUUCACUACUCGUCUUCCUCACCUCGUCAUCUCCCCCUCUCCCUCUGCUCCCUCACUUCUCUUUCCCCUGCAGGAGGUCGUAAGGGGAGGGUCUGCUGUGGCGUUUGUGGGAAAAGCUUCUAUGAUAAAGGAACGCUGAAGAUCCACCACAACGCCGUCCACUUGAAGAUAAAGCAUCGCUGCACGGUGGCCGGUUGCACCAUGGUCUUCAGUUCGUUGCGUAGCCGCAACCGACACAGCGCUAACCCAAAUCCGCGGUUACACAUGAGCGCCGGCAGAAACAUACACGCUGACCCACACACAGGGAUACACUCUGAGGCGCAGAUACACAAGGACGAAGACAUGCACAACACUCAAGAAAAAGACACAAGCAACCCAUUAGUGCCCGUACACACCCUGAGAAACUGGUUAAAUGGUAACCAAAACACCCAACAUGAAUACCAGGACAACCCACCCCCUCAAGAUGACUCCCCUCCAUCUUCUCCUCAACCUUUACCCCAGAAAACAAGCCAAGAAAUCAACCAUAACUUCACCACGUCCGAAUCCAAUUCACCUCCAUCACUGCCUCCCCUUCUCCCAUCUCGGACAGCUUCCUCUCUCGUCCCCCUGGUUGUUUCUUCUGUGCUGAAACCCAAACUGCUGACCAAUCGGCAGCGUCGGUGUGAGUCAGAUGACCCGGUGCCCAAGAAGAAGAAACCCAGGAAGUCGAGCAUGCCGGUGAAAAUAGAACGAGAGAAUGUGGAAGGGGUUAGAGACGAGGAAGAGUGUUGAAUGUUGAUACAUGUGCAGCUGGUUUGCAGAGCUGGGAAGUCGCUAAGUACAUGAACUCAAGUAUGUCCUCCUUAAGUUCAAUUUGAAGGCACCUUUUGUUUGGUAUUUAGCUCAGAUUGAUGCAGAGAUAUCAGAUGUAUUAUUCAAAAACAUCUUUCCUUGAUCUCGUUGUCUAAUGACUGCAAUAACAUCCAUGGUAGCUCUGAUGAUGCAUACAGCGCUGCAUGUUCAACAAAGAAGAAUUCCUAAGAGAACACGGACGAGUAUCACAUCUUAUCCAAUGAUUUUACCCUCUGGAGUAAAUACAAUGGUUUUGAUUUGUGUUUUGUUUCAUGUAUUGAUAAAUGUAUAUAUUUUACAGCAUGCUGCUCUGUGUCGGGGC